UUAAAAUCAUUAGUCGGAAAUUCUAUAAAAAUGGUUACCACACAAAGGAGAUAAAAGUAAACAAAUAAAAAUUGGUUUCUAAAAAAAUUAAAAAAAUUCAAUGUUCCUACAGUUUGUUUAAAACUAUAUAAUGCUGACAAAUAUUAUGUAAUUUUAUGCACUGAUUAGUGGCACGAAUGUCUGAAAAGAAGUACGAAACUAUGAUGCCUAAAAGAAAUUAUGAAAUAUUUCCAGGAAGAAAUAAAUUUUAUUGCAAAGGCCAUAUAAUUAUGUCAAGUAGUAACUGUGUUUUUUUAGUCACUGUUAUGCUAAUCAUAGGAACUUCGACUCUUUUCUUCAUAUUUGAUUGUCCUUAUCUUUAUAAAGAGUUAUCUAUAGCUAUUCCAAUAGUUGGAGGCUGGUUAUUUAUUUUUGUUAUGGUAAUGCUAUUGAGAACAGCUUUUAGUGAUCCAGGUAUUAUUCCACGUGCUGGUAUAGAUGAGGCAUCAUACAUAGAAAAGUCAUUAGUUCCAGCCACUAAUGAACCUGGAGUUUAUCGACCUCCAGCUAGACAACUUGAUAUUGAAAUUAAAGGAAAACAAUUUAAACUUAAGUAUUGCUUCACUUGUAAAAUAUUCCGUCCACCAAGAGCAUCACAUUGUAGUAUGUGUGAUAAUUGCGUUGAACGCUUUGAUCACCAUUGCCCAUGGGUUGGAAACUGUGUUGGCAAAAGAAACUACCGUUAUUUUUAUUUGUUCUUAGUGUCACUCUCAUUUUUAUGUAUAUAUAUCUUUGCAGGUGUUGUUGCACAUUUAGUUUUAUGUAGCAACGAGUUGCGUUCAUUUGUAAGCGCCUUAAGAGAAAAUCCAACAAGUGCAAUGGUUGCAGUUAUUUGUUUCUUCUCAGUUUGGUCUGUUGUCGGACUUGCUGGAUUUCAUUCUUAUUUGGUAUCUUCAAAUCUUACAACAAAUGAAGAUAUAAAAGGUACUUGGGCUGCACGCCGCGGCGAAAAAUGUGAAAAUCCUUAUAGUACUGGUUCUGCAUUUGGCAAUUGUUUUCAAAUUAUAUGUGGCCCAGCAUACCCCAGUUUAAUACGAAGGCGUGAAAUUGUUGUGACUGACCUGCCUGAUUAUUGUGAGGCACAAUCUACUGCUAUUGAUAUUCCAAAGCCACCAAUUCUGAAUCACGAGGAGCGUCAAACACAAAGUUUUCCUACAAUGAAAAAAUCUCAUUUAAAUAAAGAAACAUAUUCAGACGAUUUUAAGGAUGACAGUAAUCUAGGUCUUCUAAAACUUAGUAGUGUAUAAUUCUAUAUAAAUAACACAAUUUUUACACAAGAUAUGACAUUUACAUCAACUUUUGAUUAUGAACACUUUCCGAACCGGAAAUAUUGUUUAACUGAAUUUUUCCUUUGCUGCUUCAUCUGUUGACAUCUUGAUGUUUUUUAAAAAAUUGCCAACUAUUAAUCAUCUUUUUAUAAAUUGAAAAUAUUAUGUAAUUAAAUAUGCUAAGAAAUAUGUUUCUAUA